AUGGCAACGGCUACACCUUUCCCCUUCCCCCGGGAAUACUCCUUUCCGCCGUUCUUCACUCGCCAAACGAACCUCACAACACACCACGCCCAGCUCGUAAAAUGGUCCGACCUGAUCCUCGCAUACUGCCGCCAUCACCGCAUCUACAAGCUCUCCCUCGGCGCCGCCAUCCCGACAGCUCCCGCCUCCCUCCCGUAUCCUCUACCGAACAACACCGACGCGACGGCCGGCACUGAUGCGACCUCGACCCCGCCCUCGACUGCCGCAGCGCCGGAGGAGCUGUUCCACAACAAGACGCUGAACAAGAGGCUCUCCCUGGCCGACGCGCGCGAGGUGCUCGAGUUCAUGAAGAAGGACGGCAGGGCCGAGGCGUUGCCUGCUUCGACGGAUAUCUUUUGGGUGUAUUGGCGCACGCCGGACGAGUGGGCCGCGAGCAUCGAGGCGUGGAUCGACGAGACGGCCCAAAAGGGCGUGGUCUUGACCUUGUACGAACUCACCGAGGGCGAGGGCACGAGGGGCACUGACUUCCACGGCCUGGACUCCGACUUGUUGCAAAAGGCCCUGCAGGUCCUGGUCAAGCGCGGCAAGGCGCAAAUAUUCGGCCAAGAGGACUCGCAGGGUGUCAAGUUCUUUUGA